AUGACAUCUACUAACAGAGGAAGUGAUCCAGCUGAAAACUCAAUCAAAAAUGAUGAAAAUGAACCAUCAAAUGUCUGUGAGGAUGAGGAGGAAUAUCCACUUCCUGAUACCAAGAACAGUUCUCAGGUGGAAACCACUGUAUCGGGCACAGAGACAAGCUUAUCAAGUUCCCAGGAUGAUACAGAACCUCAGACAGUAGAAAACAGCCAGUCUGAAGCAGAGAAGACUCAAAAUGAUCCUGCAGAUGAAGAACGAAUAGAAGACUCUCUUCCAAUUCAGAUACCCAUUCCAAGAAAGCUGACCAUUCCUAGGUUAAUAUUAUGUAGAAUCAUCUAUCUGAGUAUACCACAACCACAACUUGAUGAAAAGAAGACCUUAUCUGAUAAAAUGCUGUUCCAUCUGGGGGGAGUGGAGAUGACAAUAAGUGAUUACUCCCAUAACCCCAUACAUGACAAAAUGUUGCACCCCCCUUUUCUUGUGUGGCGAGUUCCAUUCUUUAGUCCCGAGGAGAUAAGUCGGAUGAUUAUACAACUGUUGUGCAGCAGAAAUUUCUCUCAGCCAGAAUGUCACCAACAUAAUGCAUCUGUAAAACAAAAAUAUGUAGCAGUUCUUGCUCACCAAAAUGUCAACAAUCUCCAACGGAACAUAGUGUUUGGAAGGCCUCUAAGAACAUACUACUACCAUCCGCUGUUUGAAAGACUGACUCCAAGGAAAACUACAAAAUUACAUGAAAACAAGAAUGGAUACCAUCUUUCUGUGAGGCCAAGGUCCUGCAUGCCACAGAACCGAACCCAGAAUACUACCCAUGGAAAAGGUUAUAAAAAUAAUUGGAGAGCUCGUCACAAGCUGAGACUAGUAAUCAUAACCUAUAACAAUAACUGGAAAUAUCUGUGUCCCAUCUGUGGUUGUAGUUUCAACAACUUCUAUGAUUUUAAACAUCAUUCCUGCAGCUUUUCUGGAAAUUAA